GCCGAAAAACAGGAGAUCCUUAUUCAACUUGAACAGGAACGCGAUGGAAACGCUGAGAUUGAGGAAAGAAGCGCUAAAUUAUUGGCACAGAAGGCUGAUGUUGAGAAGCAGAACACAGACCUUGCUGACCAACUAGCUGACCAAGAAGACCGUAAUGCUGCUCUUACAAAAGCUAAGAAGAAGGUUGAACAAGACAAUGAUGCGCUAAAGAAGACAGUAUCCGAACUGGAAACGACUAUCAAAAAACAGGAGCAAGAGAAACAAAGUAAAGAUCAUCAGAUUCGUAGCUUGCAGGAUGAGAUUGCUUCCCAAGAUGAAGCCAUCUCCAAGAUCAACAAAGAAAGGAAGAACCAAGAAGAGGUCAAUCGCAAACUUCUAGACGACAUUCAAGCCCAAGAAGACAAAGUGAACCACAUCACAAAAGUGAAAGCGAAACUCGAAUCCACACUUGACGAAGUGGAAGAUGCGCUUGAGCGAGAAAAACGCAGUCGACAAGAUGCCGAAAAAUUGAAGCGGAAAGUCGAAGGAGAGCUAAAGGUUGAUAACUAUUUUUUACUCAGCGGUAGAUUGAUAGGGUAA